GACGCAUUUUUCCGGUGUGUGUCAAUCAGAAAAGAAAAACUUCAGGCUGAGUUGGUUGAAAAUAAUAAAUUUUUCGUGUCUUCCCGGCGACGCAACUUAUCAAACUUUUUUUACGAGAAAUAUGUGAUAAAUAAUGGCCUCAUCGUCCAACGGAAACGGAAAUCUGCUCGAUGAGUUCGAGGAGUCUUUCCAGGCGUGCCUGCAUGCGUUGGCCAAGGAGGAACCCGCAACGGAGAUGGAUAAGGAUGCCCUCAAGCUAGAAGUCGAUCAGACCACCACAAAAUUCAUCCAUCUAGCACGACAGAUGGAGGCGUUCUUUCUGCAGAAGCGCUUCCUGCUGUCAGUGCUGAAGCCCGAAUUGGUGCUCAAGGAGGAGAAUCUGGAUUUGCGGUAUGAGAUUCAGCGCAAAGAUGAGCUCAUCCGGAAGCACUAUGAGAAGAUUGAUCAGUGGAAAUCCCUCCUAAUGGAUCAACAGCCCAUGCCAGCUCAGGGCUCAGGGGGGAUGCAGGGUACGACUGAUAUGAGGAAUAUGCCGGGGGCGGGUGCUGCGGGACCAAUGAUGGGCGGGGGUGCACCUGGUGGGCCCAUUGGUGGUCCCGCAGGUGGUGGUGUUCUCCCCCAGGGCCCACCAGGUGCCAUGGGACUCCCAGGAAUGCCAGGAUCAAUGCAGGUUGGUGCUCCGCAAAUGUACAUGCAACAGGGUGGACCUGUUCCAUCGCGUGGUGCCUUCAAUCAAGCACCAAAUGUCCUGCAAGGCCCUCUGGCGUACUUGGAGAAGACCACCAGCAACAUAGACCUGGUGGGAAUGGGGGAUGCAAGGAGGUGACGGGGGCGGGGGAGGGGGCGCGGCCGUGGCAGAGGACGCGGAAGAGGCAGAGGGAGAGGCGCCCCCGAGUUUCACGGCAGUCCAUUGUCCUAGGAGAGAGCGAAACCUACAUUUUUUUGUUUAUUUCUCUUAUUUUUUUUAGUACUAAAUUUAGUACAGACAUUACUUUCAUUGCCGUCUUUUGAUUUAUUUGAUUUUUAACACAUUUCUUAAAUAUUUUCACACAAAAAAUCAAAAUUAUGAUCUCAAGAAAAAUUAAUUUAAUAAUUUUUAGAUUUUAAGUUUAUUUUUUAGUUAAUUUUGCAUUUUUUCUGAAGUUUUUUAAAUUAAUUAAUUAACGAAAGAAGAACAAAUUCGCUACCCUUUGGCAAAACACGGACCCAUAGUAAUUACUCUUAAAUUAGAUGUUGCAUGUGUAUAAACGUUAAAUGUAACUCCUUAUACAGCAAAAUUCAAGGCAAGAAACAAAAAAAAAACGAAGGAUUCAACGUAAAUCCGCUGUGAAGCGACCAACCCCGCUCAUUUUGACGCCACUUUGCGAGUGACAAAAAAAACUUGAAGAUCCAUAAAUAACAUAAAACAGAGAAAAACAUUCCAUUUCUCAAAGAAUCCUCCUCAUUCUAUCUCUGUAUAAGCUCAUGAUGAUGGGAAUUUACAUACAUUCCAAAAAAAACCUUGCGAAGCACAUAAAAUUGAUUUAAAAAAAUUGUUUUAUUUCAAAUCUAAAUAUCAUUUUUUGCAAGAUUAAAGUUUUUUUUUUUCGAUGAAAAUUGUCAAGGAGUUUAUUCAUCUUUAUGCUACAACAAAGUAUUAACCCUUUCGCGUGUUUUGGGUCAUACGUUGACCCAUACAUGAAACAAUUUAUUUUCCCAUUUUUUUAUGAAUGCAAUAUUGUUUUUCCUAGUAAGCAAUACGUGAAAUUCACGCAGAAGUCUAAGGAGACAUUUUACCUAAAAAAUAUCCUCUGAGUUCGUUUGUAGAAUAAAUAUUUGGAUAAAAGAGCGCGUGUUUCAAUGUUUUUAUGUUUCACGUUGGACGCGAAAGGGUUACAAUGAACCAAAAAUUUUAUCAACCGAAAAAUACUGAAGAAAAGUCAAAUUUCAAAAUUUCAUUAGAAUGAGUUGGAUAGAAUUAAAUUAGGUUCUUUUUGCAACAUUGUAAUUUUUCCUAUAAAUCAGAUGGAGCAUAAGCUUAAAUGCUUUAAAUUACAAUUUUACGAGAACCACGAGAACGACUCCAGAUUUUAAGCUUAUGCUUUAUGCAUUUAACCGAUCCAUGUCAGAUUCUGAAAACUCUAAAAUUUUUUAGCAAACCUAUUUUUCCAAUUUGAUUAGAUUAGAAAUAUUUUAAUUUUAAGUAUUCAUCACAAUUUAAAUUAAACUUGUAUUUUUUCAAUAAAAAACAAAACAACUGAAGCAAUGACGCUUAUGCUGCAUUUAUUUAAAUAUCAGCCAUAAAGAUAUGCAAUAGAUGCGCGGUUUUUCUCGGGUUAAAAAUUGUUAUUUUUAUUUUUUUAAGAUUUCAAAACGCUUUUUAAAAGUUUUCUAUUAGAUAAUAUUUCGAACGCCUGACUAACAUUAGGACACAACCAAAAGUAAAUAGACUCUUCAAAGACACAAACUUUUAUUCUCACAUUUUCUUGGAUUAAUUUUCCACAGCAAAUAUAAAGAAAAUUAAAUUGAAUUCCUAACCUAACAUUUCUCGGCGUCCUUUAUGGGUGCUUCGCAAGUUUGAUCCGGCUCUUUUUUUAAUUGAAAAAAAAAAGAAACCAUUUCAAGACAAAAAAAUCUUUAAUUUCAUCAUAAACAAAAUAAAACCAUUUCCACUGUAUUGAAAUAAUAAAAAUAUAAAAUGCAAGAAAACAAACAAAAUACAGGUGAAAAGAAAA